AUGAACCAAAUCAUCACUUCAAGUUCAAGAUCCCUCGGUUGCAAUCUCUGGUAUCUCCGCCAUGCUUACGCAGCUCUUCCCAUAAUCUCCACCGCCGUUCGCCAGUUCAGCUCCGGAGGUUACACCGCCGCCAAGUCCCCAAGACAUCUCCGUCGACCUUCCGCAGCUCCUCUUCAGCCUCCACAACUCUCCGGUCCCGCCACCGUUCGCCAGUUUAGCUCCACAGGUUAUGCCUCCGUGAACUCUCCCGGACGUCUCCGUCAAGCUUCCAUAGCUCCUCUUCCGCCUCUACCCUCCGCCAUAGCCACCGUCAACCAGUUCACCACUGCCAGCGAUCUUUUUGACAGGAUAGUGCCGGAGAGGAAAGCUUGCGUGAUUGAGAGGUUUGGUAAAUACGUCAAGACUUUGCCGUCGGGGCUACACUUUCUUCUUCCGUUUGUGGAUCGUAUUGCUUAUGUUCACUCCCUUAAAGAGGAAGCUAUCCCGAUUGGUAAUCAGACUGCGAUUACAAAGGACAACGUUAGCAUCCACAUCGAUGGUGUUCUAUACGUCAAGAUAGUGGAUCCUAAGUUGGCUUCGUAUGGUGUUGAGAAUCCAAUCUACGCUGUUGUACAGUUGGCUCAGACAACAAUGCGUAGUGAGCUUGGUAAGAUUACGCUUGACAAGACCUUUGAGGAACGAGAUACACUCAAUGAAAAGAUUGUGGAAGCCAUCAAUGUUGCUGCAAAAGAUUGGGGUCUUCAGUGCCUUCGUUAUGAGAUAAGGGAUAUUAUGCCUCCUAAUGGAGUGAAGGCUGCUAUGGAAAUGCAAGCUGAAGCUGAACGUAGAAAGAGAGCCCAAAUUCUUGAGUCUGAAGGAACACGACAAUCCCAUAUCAAUAUUGCUGAUGGUAAGAAGAGUUCUGUAAUCUUGGAAUCAGAAGCAUCAAAGAUGGACCAAGUCAAUCGAGCACAAGGUGAAGCAGAAGCAAUAUUAGCUAGAGCACAAGCAACAGCUAGAGGACUAGCCAUGUUAUCCCAAUCCCUAAGUGAAACUGGUGGAAUGGAGGCCGCAAGUUUGAGAGUUGCGGAGCAAUACAUUCAGGCUUUUGGCAACAUUGCUAAGGAGGGUACAACAAUGCUGCUUCCAAGUUCUGCUGAAAAUCCUGCAAGCAUGAUUGCUCAAGCUUUAACCAUGUACAAGGGUCUCGUCAACAAGAAUGCUCAAUGA